ACAGUCUCCUGUUGCAGUGGCUCGUCUCUCAGAUGUUCGAAGGCGUGACUGCAGGCUUCAUGACCGUCUUUAAGAUGUCGUGGCAGCCUCCAUACCAUGGCUCAAAGUUCCGUCACGUUUACGGAAAACCAGCGAGUAAGGGCCAGAAUUACGAUGGCCUGCCAAUCACUCGCGGUGUCCAUGACAACCACUGCUGUGCCGUCAAUCCGUGCUUCAUGGCGGUGGUCACUGAGUGCGCUGGGGGCGGAGCCUUCAUCGUCAUCUCCAUACGUGACAAAGGCCGUGUGGACCCUCAUCACCCCCGUGUGUGUGGUCACAGCGCCCGGGUUCUGGAUGUUAAGUGGGAUCCAUUUGAUGACCAGCGUAUAGCUUCCUGUUCUGAAGACUGCACGGUUAAAGUGUGGCAGAUUCCCAGUAAUGGAUUGAAGGAAAAUCUGAUCAGACCACAGAAGGAGUUGUUAGGCCACGUCCGGAGGGUGGGGCUUAUCGAGUGGCAUCCAACCGCGAAGGACAUUUUGUUAAGCUCCGCCUACGAUUAUCGAGUGUGUGUGUGGCGUGUGGACCAUGUGGGCGUGGCGGUGGUGAAAACGCCGGUGUGUGUGAUACACACACACACUGACCUGGUGACGAGUGUGAGCUUCAGCGAGGAUGGCAGCAGAAUCGCUACAACAUGCAGAGACAGAAGACUCCGAGUCCUCGAGCCGCGCACAGGACACACACUUCAGGAGUCAUGUAAUGAGUCUCAUAAGGCCUUCAAGGUUCUGUUUCUGUCCAACCGGAACCUGCUGCUCACAACUGGAACCUCCAAGUGGAACCAGAGACAGUUCGCACUGUGGGACCCGGAUGAUUUAUCUGAGCCGUUGUUGGAGGAGGAUGUAGAUGGAGGUUCUGGAGUUCUCUUUCCAUUUUAUGAUCCUGACACACACAUGCUGUACCUGGCUGGCAAGGGAGAUGGUAAUAUUCGGUACUAUGAGGUGAGUGCGGAGAAACCGUAUAUACACUUCCUGGCAGAAUAUCGUUCUCCACUACCACACAAGGGCCUGGGUGUGAUGCCGAAGCGAGGGUUAGACACAGCGCAGUGUGAAGUGUUUCGCUUUUAUCGCCUCGUUACGGUUAAAGACCUCGUGGAACCGUUAUCCUUUAUCGUACCACGAAAGUCUGAGGACUUUCAGGAGGACAUUUAUCCGAUGACGGCGAGCAACGAGGCGGCCAUGACGGCUCAGGAGUGGCUCAUGGGGCAAAACAAGGGCCCAGUGCUGAUGUCUCUGAGGCCUGUGAGCAAGGUGCAGAACCCGUACCCAGCUCCAGAGCAGGACGCUCAGCUUGGGCGCUCAGCCUGCAGCCUGGACAGCCUCCUGGUGAACUACGGAGCAGAGAAACCGGCCAAUCAGAAAGCAGGGUAUGAGAUCAGUGACCUAUCAGAAUGGCAGGAGGAUGAGACUCAGUGGAACAGCUGGAGAGACACACACUGUGGGGUUCGGUGGUGCGAGUCAGCGGGAUACACACCACCGGCCGCAGAGAAGGAGCUGCUGAAUGUGUUUUAUAAGCAGCAGGAAGAGAUCAGAUCUCUGAGGCAGCAGCUCCGUCAGCGGGACAGCAGGAUUCAGCAGCUGGAGCUCGAGAUCAAGAACAUACGCAAUCAGCUGAGAGCCUCGUUCUGAUCCGGCUGAUUAAAGCACACGGAGAAGCCAUGCACCGGAGACUGACUCACUGAACAGAGAAUCAUAUGACCAUGUGAUUCACUGCGAGUCAGAAAGAAAUGAGGAAGUGUACAGAUAACCAGAGCUGUUCUAGUAAAGCCUGCCCACUCGCCGGCCAUCUCAGAAGGUUCCUGGUGGUUAUUUUUACACGAGAUAAUGACGUGUCACAGUCGAAUUAACUUGCAUAUAUGAGCUGUUCGAUAUUUUAACUCAUUUUUUAAUACACUAACAGCUUAAUUUACAGCAUCAGCAUAUCUCUCUAUCCAAAACAUAAACACACUUUUGACACAGUUGAGAAAAGUUUAUUUCAUAAAACAUCACUAUAAACAUCAUCAGGUGACAAACAUCCACUGAUUUGUCUGGACUAAUAAGUAAAAAAUUUUAUCAAAAGUACAGUACAGUGAUUUUCUGACAUCACAAAUCUACUGACUGACACACACACGUCUAAUCUGGCAUGACUCUAAAUGAGUAAAUCUGAUCUUAAUGUACGGUAUUGCUUUUAAAGGUUUGUUCAUUACACACAAACGCAACACAAAGUUUGUGCAAAGCUGCUGCUCAUAAAUCCACACUGAAAACCUUUACAUUUAAUUAAUCAUGCGAUUGACUGAAGUUCAACAAUAUCGUCAUUGUUGUUAUCUCCAUGUUUGGUGGUCAUUUGAUAUCUGCUACAUUGAUGAUGUUCUGAUGAACUACUGAAGACUGAUUCCUCUAACAAACCCAUUUAUAUUUAUUUUUAAAUUUUAAAAUUUCUCCUGAGUGCAAAUCUGUAAACAAAAUCAUUCUGGUCAAACAGAACCAAAUCAUCUUACUGCACAUUGUUCAAGUCCUUGGUUCAAAAGAGCUGUUGUUCUUGUGAAUUUCAUCUGAAUUACAUUUAAUUUAUGAAAGUUGUUGGGGUUGAAAUAUAAAAAUUUGGUGCCACUUGAUUGACAGGAAGUCAACAUACACAGCUGAAU